AAUAGCAACGUCACUAAUGGAAAAGGAGAGUUUUCCCAAGAGAGAGAGAGAGGAGGUCUAAUCUUAUUUGAUGAGUUUCUCAUACUCUAUCCAAAACAGCAAUCUUUGCCUUUAAGAGUAGAAACCACCAAGGAUUUUAAGCUGCAAAGCCAUUGUCAUACAAAGACAUUUUCUACUUAAUUGAUGUUUAUAUUAAUUUCAUAUAACGUUUCUUGAUCUUUACCACUAUAUAAAUGAGCUAAUAUUUAUGCCCACAUGAAUGACUCCCUCUCUCUUUCUCUGGAUUCUGGCCUGCAGCAUGAGUUUCUUUGCACAUGCAGAAGAAGAAACUAAACAUCCUGGGAAACCACUCCAUCUUUUCCGUGAAGCCCUGAAACAAGCCUUUUGCCAGUGCUGCACAUUCCGUUCAAAUUCUCCCACCUUAUUCAACAUCGAUGAGUAUGAAAUUACGGACGAUGACGACGAUGGCGUUGAUGAUGAACAAGAAGUGGUUAUUCGUGCGAUUCGAGCUCGAGCCAUGGAAGCAAGGUUGAGGCGUAAAAAUGGAUACACGACAAAACAGAACCUUCUUCAGGUCUUAAAUUCGAUGAAUACCGAGUUAAUCAAUAACCCAAAUUUGCCACAAACAGAAGAAGAAGAUGACGAGGAGAAAGAAACCUACUUCUCUGCUGGCAGUUGCUUCUCUCGGUGUUCGAGCGCAAGUGGGGAGGUCCUCUCUCAGUGCGAGGUUUUCUUCUCGCCUAGGAGUUGUUUAUCUCGCUGUUCUAGUAAAAAGGUUACAAAGACAAAGCUCUUUGAUGCUAAUGAAAGGUGUUCAAAAUCAAAAGAGCCUUGUCACUGUGAAGGAUGGCCUUUCGGGUUAUGUAAGAAGGCCAUGUUGCUUCCACCACUGCCAAAUUCUCCUUCAGAAUCAUGGUCAUGGAGGAAAGGACCACCCCACUUGGUUAAACGUUGAAAUAAAAUCAGCAGUUCCUCAAACUGGAAUAAUGAAUUAAAGAGGUUGUUGAAUUUAGGUUGUAUUUAUGGUACUAGUAACACAGUUCCAUCUCAUCUUUCUUCUAAUCUUUUCAGAUAAACAAGCUAGUAUUUUCGAGAUGAGAGCAAUUCUAAUGAUGCGUAUAUUGUAUAACAGUAAAGUUUGUAAGAAAAAUUGUAAGAAUAAAGUACAAAUGUAGCUAUUGAAA